CCCGGGGUCGCCCCCUGCGCCCCGUGUCCCCUUUGUGACCUCUGGGAUGGCACCGGAGGUGACACAGCAGGGGACAGCUCAGGAAAUGACUGAGGGGUGAGGGAGAAGCCAAACCCGGCCCUUAUUACACCAAAGGCCGCUCCCGUGCCAGCUGACGCCGCCCGGGGCGCAGCAGGGGCCUCUCCCUGCUCCGCCGGCCGUCCCGGGAACGGCUCCAGCUCCUCGGGAGCUCUUCGGGGUCGGUUCUCACCUGCCCAAGGCGGGGGGCACAGGGGAUGAGCCCCUCCUUGGGGGGGACACCUGGGCCUGGCUGCUCCCCAAGCACCGGAGCCGUGUCCCGGAGAGCCAGGGCUGGUUCCAGCAGCGUCCGGACGCUGAUCCUGCCUGGAACUGCAGCCCGUGGACCACCAGGACCAGCCCGACAUCGGCCACCCCUGGGCCGGCGAGGGGGUGCAGAAGUGUCCGGAGCAAAUCCCGCGGGCUUUGGGCAAGGUUUGGGGUGAGGCUUUCCUGGGAAAACACGGCAGGGAGUGAGGAGGGGGAGCAGGGGCUGGGGGCGCCCGUGGGGUCCCUCCCAGCGCUGCUGGGGCUCCGUUAAUUCCCUGAAAAGACCCCGGACGGUGCCCGGGCGGGCUCCAGGGCUGGGGGCAUUUUCCAUCGGGAUUGUCCAGGCUGAGCUUGGGCAGGGACGGGGCUGAGACCCCCAGAGCCGUGCAGGGUCCCUGAAGCAGCUCUGGGCUCACCCCGGGAGUGGAACUACACUGGGAUAACCCCAAAAUCUCACACUGGGAUAAUCCCAAAUCUUCACACCGGGAUAACGCCAAACCUCACACUGGGAUAACCCCAAAUCCUCCCAGUGGGAUAACCCCAAACCUUCACACUGGGAUAACCCCAAAUCCUCCCAGUGGGAUAACCCCAAACUUUCACACUGGGAUAACCCCAAAUCCUCCCACUGGGAUAACCCCAAACUUUCACACUGGGAUAACCCCAAAUCCUCCCACUGGGAUAACCCCAAACUUUCACACUGGGAUAACCCCAAACUUUCACACUGGGAUAACCCCAAAUCCUCCCACUGGGAUAACCCCAAACUCUCCCACUGGGAUAACCCCAAACCCUCCCACCGGGACCGUGGUGGUGUUCUGGGUUUUCCUGGUGCCGGGCAGGGGUCACAGCCUCCAGAGCCCAGUCAGGAGAGCUCCUCACCCCCAGUUAAUGCUGCUCCCAGUUCACACCAGUUCAGCCCCGCUGGGGCCCGGGGGGCUCCGGACGUUCCCCCGCAGCCUGGGCCGCCCCCGGGGGUCAGGAGCUGCGGAGCAACCCCGGCCUUCUGGAUUUACCAGCCCUCCUCCCAGGGCGGGCAGCAGCCUGUAAUUAAACCUCGCGCUCCUAAUGACUUUUGGGGAAGUUUUGGGUGCAGCCCGCCCGUGGAGCCCUGGCUGCCGCCGCCGCGCCCCUCCCUCGCUCCCGCGGCACCCACAAAUAGCAGCGAGCUCCGGGGAGCCCCGGCCUUCCCCGACCGCCUCCCGAGGGACCAUGGAGCCCUGGAUCCUCCUGGCCGGGGCAGGAAUUGUCCUGGGCUGCGUGUCCGGCCACCUGUACACGGCCCCCGGGUCCUGCGAGGGGCGCUGCGGGGAGCCCUUCAGCGAGGAGGACGAGUGUCACUGUCACCCCGGCUGCGAGACGGAGCGCAACUGCUGCGAGGACCGCGAGAGGCACUGCGGGCCCGGUGGGGAAGGGGACGAGGACGGAGCUCGAACCCGCGAUGGAUUCUCCAGCAGCCGCGGUUCCAUCACGGACCGGGAGCUGCUGGAGCUCUCGGAGCAGCUUUACGGGGCGGAUCACAACAAAGCCCGGCCCAGCGACAUCGCCAUCAACCCCCAGCACCUGGCGGGCCCCGACGAGACCGGCGACAGGCAGGACCGGUCCCCGCAGCCGCUCUACAAAUACGUGAACGAGGAGCUCUUCUCCAAGCCCACCUACGCCAGCUUCAUUAAGCUGCUGGAUAAUUACCAGAGGGCCACGGGCACGGAGGAGGAGGUGACGGCCGAGGAGCUGCGGGAGCAGGAGCGUUUCCUCGAGGAGGUGAUGAAAACGGAGCUGAUGCAGAAACUCUUUGUGUUCCUGCAGGGGAAAAACCGCUACAGCUCCGAGGAGGAGUUUGUGCAGCAUUUGAAGGAGAUGUGGUUCGGGCUCUACUCCCGAGGGGACGGAGAACGGGAUUCCAGCGGCUUCGAGCACGUGUUCUCAGGGGAGGUGAAAAAGGGAAAAGUGUCCGGAUUCCACAACUGGAUCCGCUUCUACCUCCUGGAAAAGCAGGGGCUCGUCAACUACUUCAGCCACAACUUCAACGGGCCGUGGGACACGUACCCCGACGUGCUGGGGCUCCAGUUCAGCUGGGACGGCUUCUACAAAGAGGUGGGCUCGGCUUUCAUCGGCUGCAGCCCCGAGUUCGAGUUCGGCCUCUACUCGCUCUGCUUCCUGGCGCGGCCCGGCCGGGCGUGCCACCUGAGCCUGGGCGGGCACCGCCUCAGCGUCCAGACCUACCCCUGGAGCAAGUCCAGCCCCGGCAGCGGCAGGAGCUUCAUCGCCACCGCCUACGUGAUGUCACCCUGA